GACAGGACACUGACCUGUUUGACAGCUAGCCUCACGGAACACACCCUCCCUUUCCUGUAUCACUGGUCAUACAGCUCUACCAGGUAAUAGUUCCACCUGGUCCACGACCGAGGCAGCCGUCUGUCCGACCGAGAACCAGGAAGAGCCUGUUUGACGAAGCCCCCUGUCGCCCACCACUCACCCACACAGCAAAAUGGCUUCCCCCCUCGGCCUGCUGUCAGACAAACAGUUCCAGUGUUCCAUCUGCCUGGAGGUGUUCACAGACCCGGUCACCACCCCCUGCGGGCACAACUUCUGCCUGGCCUGCGUCAGCGGCGUGUGGGACGGCUGUGAGACGUGGAGGUGCCCCAGCUGUGAGAGAACCUUUCCCUCCAGGCCCGAGAUCAGCGUCAACAACGCCUUCAAGGAGAUCAGCGACCAGUUCAAGAAGAUGCGAGGCAGCAUCUCAGGCCUGGCCGCCGCCGCCGCACCGGGCGAGGUGGCGUGUGACGUCUGCACCGGGACGAAGCUCCGAGCCCUGAAGUCCUGCCUGGUGUGUCUGAUCUCCUACUGCGAGACCCACCUGGAGCCUCACCAGAGAGUGGCCACGCUGAAGGUGCACCAGCUGGUCGACCCUGUGGAGAACCUGGAGGACAGGAUGUGUAAGAAGCACCAGAGGCUCCUGGAGAUGUUCUGCACGAGCGACCAGACGAGCGUGUGUCGGUUCUGCACGGAGACAAACCACCGGGACCACCGGGCCGUCUCUCUGGAGGAGGAGUGUGGGCGGAGGAAGAUCCAGAUGAAGGAAACGGAGGAAGGAAUCCAGCAGAUGAUUCACACCAGAGUCAUGAAGGUGGAGGAGAUCGAAUCCUCAAUAGAGACCAGCAGGAAAAGCGCGAAGGAAGAGAUGACGGAAGGCGCCCGUCUUUUCGCCGCUCUGAUCAACGCGACGGGGAAAGGCCAGGCAGAGCUCAAUCGGGAGGUGGAGAAGAAGCAGAGCGCAGCGGAGACCAAGGCCAGAGGCCUCGUCCAAGAUCUGGAGCAGGAGAUCGCUGAGCUUCGGAGGAGGAAAACUGAGCUGGAGCAGCUGUCACACACUGAGGACCACCUCCUCCUCCUCCGGAGGUUUCCGUCUCUCUGCAGCUGUCCUCCUACCAAGGACUGGUCUGAGGUCAGCGUCCACUCCUACCAGUUUGUGGGGAUGAUGAGGAAAAAGGUGACUCAGUUGGAGGAGGUGGUGAAAAGGCAGUUGGAGACCCUGAGAGAGAAAGAGUUGAAAAGCGUUCAGAAGUAUUCAGUGGACGUGAGAUUGGACCCGAACACUGCCCACCCCAACCUCGUCCUAUCAGCAGACGGGAAGCAGGUGGGACGCGGCGACCUGCUCCAGAUUCUGCCCGACAACCCGCAGAGGUUCGACCCCGUCCUCUGCGUCCUGGGAACGCAGGGCUUCCUGUCCGGGAGAUUCUACUUCCAGGUCGACGUGGGCGGGAAGACCUUCUGGGACCUGGGCGUCGUACGCGAGUCCGUCAACCGGAAAGGGAUGAUCACGUCCACUCCGGAUAACGGUUACUGGACGGUGAGGCUGAGGAGCGGGGAUGAGUACCGGGUGCUGGAGUCUCCAUCGGUGCUCCUCAGUCUGAAGGACAAGCCCAGGAAAGUGGGGGUGUUUGUGGACUACGAGGAGGGGCUGGUGUCCUUCUACGACGUGGAGGCCGGGGCUCACAUCUACUCCUACAACGACUGCUCCUUCAGGGGGGAGAAGCUCCACCCCUUUCUCAGCCCCAGCGUGAGUGACGACGGUAAAAACACAGCCCCAUUGGUCAUCUCGCCGGUCAGCUGACAAGAGUGAAGUGAUACAUGUGAUAGGCAGAUGGGAUGUCAUGUGACAUGCCUAGAUGGGGAAACAAUGAUUUGAUCCUGAAUCCAGUUACGUCAGGAUUGUUAUUUGCAGUUUUUCAACGUAACAAAAAUAAAUCUUUUGACCUGUUUUGUUUUACGGAAAGUAUACACAAUGAUAAGCUUUGCAACAAAUGUCUGUAUUAAACUGUUAAAUUAGUCACUCCUUGAUUCAUUUACAUUUUGAAUUAAUUGAUUGCUUGAUUAAAUGAUUGGUUGGUUGAUUGAUUGAUUGGAUUCAAAGAAUGUUCGCAUGUUACAUGUACAAUUCUUGAAUAAACAAGGCUUAGUGAAGGACAGUAAAUAUUACCUUUGUGCGCUCAUUAAGAAACUAGACUCUGCAGUAGUUUGCAUCAGUGCAGGAAUUUAUUUCCAUUCGUUUGCAUUCUUCUGCAGACCCGAAACCAAGCGAACAAAACAAAACAUGUUCUCAUUGGUUAACCACUGAUUGUACAAUGUCAUACGUCAAGGUUUUACCAUUACCAUUGUGAAAUAGGAGGAGUCAGAUGAGUCAGAUGGCUGAGUGGUGAGGGAGUCGGGCUAGUAAUCAGAAGGUCGCCAGUUCGAUUCUCGGCCGUGCCAAUUGACGUUGUGUCCUUGGGCAAGGCACUUCACCCUACUUGCCUCGGGGGAAUGUCCCUGUACUUACUGUAAGUCGCUCUGGAUAAGAGCGUCUGCUAAAUGUAAAUACUGUAUUGUGCUUAUGCUAUUCUGUCCUACUUAUACGCGAUCACUAAAACUAAAAUGCACGCAUAAAAGGAUGGAAAAGAAAAACAUUGAAACGUAAAUGGACUGCAUUUAUAUCCGUAGUAUGUUAUGUUUUUCAGAGAUUUCAGAUAUUUAUAAAACUACUGCUUGUUCACGGAUGUUGAAAAACCUAUAAUUAGUCUGAUUUCGUAUGAAUAUCGUUUGAUUAUGAAGAGAAAUAGCAAAGGCAGCCUGAAAACACGUAGGAAAGAGAAAAUAGCCUGUGUUCAGUUUUUGCAGAAGUUUUAUCCAACAUAUAGUAGACCAGCCUACAGAAGGAUUUGGAAUAUCACAAGGACUGAAGCUCAGAGUUACUGCAGAGUUACUACACUGACCUGGCCACCAUAUACAAAACGGAGGACAUGGACAACUAUUCAAGAGAUAGCAGACAUGAACAAUCUGCUCAAACCGCUCAGAUGGCUGAGCGGUUAGGAAAUCGGGCUAUUAAUCAGAAGAUUGCCGUUGGGCCUUGGGCAAGGCACUUCACCCUACUUGCCUCGGGGGAAUGUCCCUGUACUUAUUGUAAGUCGCUCUGGAUAAGAGCGUCUGCUAAAUGACUAAAUGUAAACAAUCUAAGUAGGUCUCACAGGCCAGUCUGGACAGUUUGUAUGAUGAUAUCAGCACCUGGAGGCGGUCACUAAUACAAUUAUUCAAAAAGAGGAAAGGAUUAAGAAGAAAAUAUCAAGAAUUGAUCGGUUGAUACAAAGACUGUCUAUGUUGUGUUCUUG